AUGGAUUCACCUUGGGAGGAAGACCCACGAGCAGACUAUGCUCCCGAAGCAGACUGGGCAAAACUCUCUAAUGAGUUCACAAACUCUGGAUACCGAGAAGGGAUAAUCGCAGGCAAGGAAUCCGCACUUCAAGAGGGGUUCGACGCUGGUUUCGCGCAUGUAGGAGUUCCGAUUGGCCGUGAUCUGGGAUCAAUGCGUGGCAUAAUUUCUGCGAUUGCAUCAUUCUUGAGCUCAAAAAGCCAAGAAGACCCAACAACCCUAACAACUGCACGCGAAAUAUCAUCUUCGCUCGCAGGCAUUCGCUUCUCCGAUAUCGUUCCUGUCGAUCAGGAAGCAGAGCAACACGCCAGAGAGCAUCUUGAUGCAAAUGAUGAUCUGAUCGAACAGAGUGAGGAACUUCUGCAGAAGAGAGAGAUGGAGGGAUUAGAAGAUAUGCUGCAGAGGCUCACUGCUGGUGCUACAAGUAGACCGUUGCAGGGUAGGCCAACUAGAGAGGACGUGAUUCGUUUGAAGGAAGGUAUUCUUACUCUGUGCGACCAACUGGGCUUGGAUGUCACACCCUAG